AGUUCGUGGACCAUGUGAGAUGAUGUAAUCCAUCAUAACCUCAAACUGUCCUCGCAAAUGUACUCACGCGAUUAAAUGCGAGAGUAUUUUACUGACAUUACAAUAAGUUCCGGUGUGAUUGAUAUUUAUUUAUAUACAUUGGUUUCUAUCGUAUCGAUUCUUCUAUUCGCGCGAUCAUGACAGUCAAGAGUGAGAACGAAGGGGAAAAUGUUAAAGACGGUGUUAGCGAAGGAGCGACCGUGAAUAAUGACGAUUUAUGGGGAUCUGAUAUGUAUCCUGAGAGGAGAGGAGGAAAAUUUAAGCAAAGCUGGUUCAAACUGCUUAUUGGCGCUCAAGGACGAGAAUCAAUAGACAAGAAUAGAUGCGAGGAUAAUGUUUAUAGAUGUAUAAAAGAUAGUCCUAUAAUAAAACUCAUGAUGGGAGCACUAAAGAGUUCUGGAUGUGAAAUAGAUAUCCGGCGACAUAUUUCUUGCGAGGUGUGCAACCCGAUUGUAACUGGUGGAUACGAUUCAGAAUUUAAUCAGAUAGUUAUCUGUCAGAAUUCGGCGUAUAAUGAAAAUAUGGUUCGGGGAGUUCUUCUACACGAAAUGGUUCACAUGUUCGAUUUUUGCCGAAACAAAUUAGAUGUGAAAAAUAUUGAUCAUUUAGCCUGUACAGAAAUUAGAGCAGCAAAUCUAGGGCAUUGUAGUUUUAUGAGUUCACUCCUACAAGGCGAUUCGUCGUUUUUUAACAUAAAAGCAACACAUCAAAAUUGUGUAAAAAACAAAGCUAAGCUGUCAGUAAUGGGUGUGCACAAGGUGUCGGCAGAAGUCGCGGAAGCAGCUAUAGAAAGAGUAUUCACAAAGUGUUAUAAUGAUUUAGAACCAAUUGGCAGAAGAAUACGUAGAAAUUCACUUGACAUGCCAAGGGCGUAUGCAGAGGGACAUUUAUACGGGUAUGAUACGUAAAUAAUAAAAAAAUUGUAUGAGAAAAUUAAAUAAUAGUAUAAAUACAUAUACAUUUUGUUUGAUUAUCUUUACUAGUAUUUAUUGAAAUUAACAUCAUAUGAAUUCAAUUUUUUAUUCAUAUUUAGCCAGUAUUUAGUUUUUCAUAGCAAAAGUUUGUUUUAAUAGUAUAGAAAUAAAAAAUUAAAAAUUA